GCACCGGAGGGGGCGCGCUACAAAGGCGGGCAGCUGCCGGAGGGGAGCCCGGGACUGGAGUUGGACCCGACAGCAGGAGGAAGCAAUGAAGUAGCGGUCGUCGCGGGAGCCGACCAUGGGCGCGCCCCGUCCCCGGAGCCCCGCUCUGCCGGGACCGAGCCGGGCGGGACAGUGAGCCGGCGGAAUCCAAAUCCCCGGCGUCUGGCCGGCGUGAAGAUGCAGUGAGCCAAGGCGCUGCUGCUGCACGGGGCCAGCCGCCGCCAGCCGGACCCACCGUUUGAUCGCUCUUGGGGCAAGCAGCUGAUUUUGAGACCCGACCAGCUUGUUUCCAACACCCCCUGGGGGUGGGAAGCUCUGGCCCCUCGGCACCCUAGCCGUGGAGUUUCCGCGAUUUCUGGCGCUGGCCUCGGGGAGGGAGGGAGUGUGUGUGUUUGAGUGCGUGAGCGGGGGUGGCAAGGGGGGAGGACCCUCUUGACAUUCCCCGCGGUUUUCCUGCAGAUUCUCGCACCAUCCCGGCUGCUUUUAUUGGGGGCUUUUAUUUAUUUGCGCGCGCGCAUCUCUUUUACUAAGACAUUUUCCGCUCCACUCUCUCGUUUUGCUUGCCGGAGAUUCCGCCCUCGUCCUUUACGGGGCUGGGGUAAAUCUGUGAGUGCGCUUUUCUCUCUCCCCAGCACCCCCACUGCCGAAUACUUCCAUAUCUUUAAAAAACCUCCAGCCCUACCUCUGUGGGGUUCCCGAGCACUAUACGCUCCCACCCCCACGUCCAACCACCCGGCCACUCCCAACCGAGUUUUAUUUUUCGGAAUCGCCGGGCCGAGCCCAGCCGCGGCCGGUGGCUCAGCGGGCUCACACCCCGCGCUCCGCCGCCGCCCAGCUGCGCCGGGGCGCCCUCCGGAGAUGCUGCCGUGGAAGAAGCACAAGUUCGAGCUGCUGGCCGAGGCGCCGCCGCGGCAGGCGGCCAAGCCCAAGGGCUACGCGGUGAGCCUGCACUACUCCGCGCUCAGUUCGCUGGCGCGGGCGUGCCCCGAAGGCGCGCUCAGCCGGGUGGGCAGCAUGUUCCGCUCCAAGCGCAAGAAGCUACACAUCACCAGCGAGGACCCCACUUACACCGUGCUCUACCUGGGCAAUGCCACCACCAUCCAGGCGCGCGGCGACGGCUGCACCGACCUAGCGGUGGGCAAGAUUUGGAGCAAGAGCGAGGCGGGCCGUCAGGGCACCAAGAUGAAACUGACUGUGAGUGCGCAGGGGAUCCGCAUGGUGCACGCGGAGGAGCGCGCCCUGCGCCGCCCAGGACACCUCUACCUGCUGCAUCGCGUUACCUACUGCGUGGCUGACGCGCGGUUACCCAAGGUCUUCGCCUGGGUGUACCGGCACGAGCUGAAGCACAAGGCAGUGAUGCUGCGCUGCCACGCGGUGCUGGUGUCUAAGCCCGAGAAGGCCCAGGCCAUGGCCCUGCUGCUCUACCAGACGUCGGCCAACGCACUGGCGGAAUUUAAACGGCUCAAGCGACGGGACGACGCGCGUCACCAGCAGCAGGAAUUGGUGGGCGCGCACACUAUCCCGCUAGUGCCGCUGCGCAAGCUGCUCCUGCACGGACCUUGCUGCUACAAGCCGCCGGUGGAGCGCAGCCGCAGCGCGCCCAAGCUCGGCUCGAUCACCGAGGACCUGCUUGGCGAACAGCAGGAGCAGGAGCUGCAGGAAGAGGGAGACGAGCACACCGAGGGCUGCCUGGAGGAGGAAGAGGAAGAGGAGGAGGAAGAGGAUGGCCAUGCCGGGGUGGAGGACCCGGCGGCGGCGGCGGAGGAGGCUGAGGCGCAGCGGGCGCUGGUAGUGGCCAUGCACUUCGAAUGCGGGGACUUGUUAGACACGCUAGAGAGUGGCCGCGAGGAGGCGCUGGGGGGCGGCGGGGUCUCGCUGGGACCCGGGGCUGGGCCACCGCCUCUGCUCUUGGGCAGUGCCUCCGACAUGAAGGCCGAACUGUCGCAGCUUAUUAGCGACCUGGGUGAGCUCAGUUUUGGCAACGAUGUGCGCAGCCUGCAGGCCGACUUGCGGGUGACGCGCCUGUUGUCUGGCGAGAGCACCGGUAGCGAGAGCUCCAUCGAAGGCGGGGCCCCCGACGCCACCUCUGCCGGGGACCGGCCCUGUGUGACCAACAGCGCCAACCCAGAGGAACCCCCCACCGGUUGAGCUCUGUGCAACUUCCUGCGUGCCCUUGGCGCCCUACCGUGACUCCCCACUCAUCAUCUCCACAACCUCCCUCUCUCCCUCCCAAGAAAGGGGAACCGGGACAUAUGAGGCUCACAGUUCCCCCAGCCUCUCCCGGGUCAGCGCAUUUGACUCUGCUUGAAGUGGGACUCGGGUUUCUCAUGGAAAUGUGGGGAGAUGCUCGAGAGGGGGGUGGACCUCAGAAGGAGAAGGAGGUAGUCUUCUGAGGUAGGUGGUAAGGGAAGGGCCUGCUGAAGUGAGCAGAGACCUGCAGGUCUGAGGUUUCUGCCAGCCUGUUUCCUGUUUGGGGCAGCUGGGGCCUGAGUGGGAGAGGUUAACUUCCUCCCCAAGUCCCCCUAAAUGGGAGGGUCUAACACUGUCACUUGUCAUUUUACAGAAGAAUUUGCUCUCACAAUGUUUGAGGCUUUGAUGCUCCAGAGUUUUUUGGUGCAAGAACUUGGGUUGUUUACCUCAGCAUCAGACCCUUGAAAUUAUGCCAAAUUCCUCAAAUAACUGUUUGUGGUGAGGGGGAUGAAAGAAAGUUGCAUUUUGUUUACAGUUAAAGACAUCUAAUAUCUUAAAAAGGAGUUUUCCUUUAGAAACACACCUUCCUCCUGCUCAAAAGCUCUCACUCCAUGAUACUGUGUGAAAUAUUUUUGCACUGUUGUGAAGCAUUUUGACAUCUUUUAUUUUGUACAUGAACGGUGUUCUCAGAGCUGAAUGUUUAUAUCUUUUGCUGUGCAAAAGGGACAUGUAAAAUGUUGUUCAGUUGUAUAUACAGAAAUGUGUAUAAAACAUUUUGUUAUUUUU